AUGGAUGGCUUGUGUAAGCUCUCCUCCACGGAAAGGGUACAGCUGCUGGAGAAGGAGCUGGCAGAAAAGCUAAGCGAAUUGAAGGCCGAGCUGGGAGAACAGGGCCUCCUUCGGGGACCAGCCAGCUGGGGCUUCAGCUCCGUUCAAAUACCAAAGGAUGUUGCUCACUUCAGACGCGAACGGGAAGCGGCCCUGAAGAGAACCCUCCGGGUGGCGGAGUCCAAGCCCCUUGUUAUUCAGGCAGAUGUCCUGCAGAGGGAGCUAGAGAGCUGCCUGAGGAGAGAGUACACGCCGGAAAACCUUCCUCUGCUCCUGCUGCAGUUUUACACAGAGAGAAUCACACAGCUGGCCCAGAGCAAGUAUUUGCACAUGCUGAGGUGGAAACGGCUUUGCCAGACCAGUAAGACCAUGGAAGAGCUCUACCCUCUCUACAAGGAACAGGUCGGCUACAUCACACUCGAGUUCAGUGACACAGUUCAGAGAGCAGAAAGGCUGUCGGCUGCUCGGGAAAACUUCCUUAUGGGAAGAAACAACCCCCCCAACCUCGUGACUCUGGAAGACCUGGCGAUUUACACCAGGUGGCUCGUGUGUCACCUGCACUCUCUCAGGACCGUUCAUCACUACCUGAAGGCUCUCCAGUAUUUGCCCAUCUCCAAGGUGCUGCAUCUAGCUGAUAAGCCGGUCUCUGAAUUUAUUGAGGAAAAAGAAAAUGUCUGUGUCGCCGACCUUAACUCAGCAUCUCCUGGUCCUGGGGAUGCCAGUGUUUCCGGGCCAGGGAGAACAGAGGCUGCGUCGCUCCUGCCUCAGCACGUGACAGACAGGGACGCGCUAAAACCCCAGCUGCGGCACCUCCUCUCCCAUUUCCACGUCCCCUACGACUUGCAAAAGCUGAGGGACUCGGCCGAAGAGAUGGAACUUUUUUCCUUGGUUUCUCAGAAUUUCCAAAGCAUCUUCCUGGAGCAACAGAGGAUGUGGACGUUCCCAGACUACGAGGCCUGGAGAGCCAAAGUGCAGACGAUGGCUUUGCCGGGGCCUGCUGCCACCCUGAAAAAGAGAGCCAGCUGGAGUCGCUUCAUGAAGGUCAAGCCAAAACGCGAUCCUUGGCAGAAGAAGAUGUUGACCAGACUCAAAGAACGGGGAAGAAUAGAUGAACUAAUGCGACUCCAGUCAAAGUUUCUGAAGAUUUCUGACCCUGUGCAAGUCAUGCAAGGGCUCCAGGAUCACGCUGCAAAGACAGUGAACGUGGCUCCUCAUCACCCGCCAUUCACGAUUUCUCAGGCCCUGCAUCCGGGCACCUAUGACCAUGUCUGGCAGAAUAUUUACAGCAACCCCAAGUUCUACCAGGUAGAUGACAGCCUUUCAGUGGAACCAAGAGACGAUGACCUCGCAAAAACACAUCUCAGCCGAAGUUCCGAUGGCUGUCUCCAGCAGAAAACAGCGACAGGGUACAGCUGUGCUGUGGCCCUACAGCUGCUGGGCCUGAGUGAUGGGACUGAGCCUGACGGGAAUCCUGUCCUGAUGAGAGGGGCCUACUUAUCCUUCCUCUGCCUGCGCCACCUGCGAAUCCGGGACUUACAGCGCAUCUGUUUGGGAGUUCUUAACUUCUUCAGAUCUGUUGAGCGAUCCUUGACAAUUAACACUGCAGGCCUUACCUUGGUUUCGGGAAACCUGGUCCCCACUGCAGGAGAUAGUUCCUGGGUAAAUAUGGCAAAAGGAGGCUUGGGUACCUUGCAAGGCCUAGGAGCUCACCACUACGUCCACGGGACACCUGCUGAGCACAAGGUCCAAGGAGUCCAGUUCUUGGAGUUCUAGGAAGUUCAGAACCAGGACGACUUCUACAGCACCCAAGCUGGCUGUGUCCACACUCAGGACCAGCUCGGCCUGUACGUCAUGUACGAUGACGCCCUGCGGGAUCUGAAGGAGCUGGAGUCGGAGCUGCUGCUCAUCGCCAGCCAUUACAUUGAGAAAGAAAAAAGUCACAAGGAGGAUAGCAAGUCAGAGAGCAGCCAGUGCUGGGGCUGGGCCCAUGGCAGUGUGGACAGGUUCGAGGUGCUGUAUGACCUGUGGACCUGCGAAGCAAACCUUCUAGAAAGCAAACGCCAGCUUCUAGAUAAUUACCUGGAAGCCUACCAGCACACGCUGGACCCCGGGGGGAGGUUCGCCUUGGCGCAAGCAAUGACUGACAUCAUGUACCGACGCCCCAAGUUUGAUCUCGCCCACUCGUAUUUCACCAAGGCCUACCGAGACGACUGCACCAGCCUGAAGCUUCACCUGCAGCUAGCCAGGGCCAUCGGCAGCUACCACCUAGAGCAGCAGCGGGAAUAUGUCCAAAGGCUCUGUCGAGAGGACCACCCCGAGGCUGGAAAGACGUUCGGACUUCCCCUGGACAUAAUUUGCAAGCACUUUGUUGCCUUCGGCAAUAGCUGCCCAGCUACAGAAAACGCCCAUCUGUUGGAGGUCCACCCGUCCCUUGGCCUGGUUGGGCUCAUCCCGGAAGCUCUGGAGCACGUGUUGCGCGAGGCUCGCCACGCCCACAAGCCUGCGUCCCCCAGCAGGCUCGCCCAGCUGGAGAAACGCGUCCUGCAGCUUGCCCUGGACCUGUGGCUCACCCCAGCCAAGGCCGAGGCCUGGUACAGCGCGCAGCUCCACAGAGAUCUCUUCUCAGCUAAUGUGAUGGGUGAUCCCUUUCUCGUGGAGGAGGUGGGCCUGCUUGCACUCAGGUCUGCGGUGGACAAGGGACAGGAAGAGGGCCAAGAUUUCCACACCCUGCUCCUGGAGACAUUUUCCAAACUUCUGGAAGUCCUGACCCUCCGUCACCGGCUGAUAGAAGCGAGUGUGGAGAGCGCACACUUGGCUGGGCUGUACAAGGAAUUGGCACAGGAGAUGGGUUUUGAAGAAUCCCAUUUGUAUCUGAGGCCUGUUCCCUUUGAGUUUGCGUCACACAAGGACAGGGUGGAACCACCCCUUCCGGUCUUUAUCACUUCUCUGCUGGAGGACAGCAGCCGAAUAGACAGGUACUCACCCUCCACCCUCUCCUUAGCCAUCUCUGAGCUGGAUGAUAACCAAAUCGGCAAAUUCAGCUUUUAUACAAAAGAAACCAUCCUCAAGCUCUUGUUCCAUUCUGGAGUGGAAAAUAUGCAAGUGACCCUCGCAUGUCAAACUGUACAGAAAAAUGCUUUGAUGGUGGCCAUUCAACAGACAUCUUUCUAUCAUAUCCCUGGAGUGGACAGCCCUGUUGAUAUCAAGGAAGUGCGUUCAGAUCUGAGGCAUCAUGGCGGAAUGAGUUCAACCAGAAGAAGAGAGUCCAGAGCUGCGAAUGGCACAGAGCGCUUGCUCUUAGCCCCGACUCCAAAAGCCCCCGACACCCUUACCCAUUCUUCAGAAGGAUUUAAGACUUCUAAAAGCACUCCAGAGGCCUUCCUAUCUAUUCAGCUAGAAAAGGCGGGCUUGCGGGACAUGAUGCUGAACAGCUUCCUGCAGAGGAAACAGACGAUGGCCGACAGGACACAGAGCCCCGAUGACAUUGAAAAAGUCAAGAAGGAACUAAUAGUUGAAUAUUGCCAAAAGUUGAACCACCGCACUUCCCACUACGCCCUCCGGGGUCAAAUCAUGGCGUACUGCAACAGCCUGAGAGUCCUGCUAGAAGACUUUCCUACCAUCAGGGACACCUUCUUCAUGGUGGGACAACCAAAUGAAAAGAAGGGCUUGAAGGACUCCAGUGGGGAACUCAAGGCUGACCCCAGGCGUUUUCAGCCUAGGCCUCGGAGUGUGCUGUCAGCUGAUGGAAGACGCUUCCUCAACUUAUGGUUUAUUCCCCAUCCUUCCGAAGUGCUGUUUAUGUUCAAAACUCUGCCAGAGGAGGAAGCUUUCAGAGCCCUGAAGCUGACUCUCCAGGUUGUAGCUCCUCUCCACGACAUUGUGGCCUACCUUUUCGGUUUUGCCAAACUUGGCAAUUGCCCAGCACGCUUCGACUUUCCUCUGAGUCCUAACCCUUCGAGGAGUGACUGGGGAGGAGCCGAGGGCAUUGGGACUGAGCUCCAAGAGCUGCAGAAAAUGAUUGACAGUCUCCAGAACCCCCAGGACCCCAGCCAGGUGGCUGAGGCCCUCCUCCUGCGCAGGGAGGUGACGUUGCUCCGGUUUGAUGCUGCGGUGAGACAUCUCCACCGAACAUUUUUGGCAGUGGGAAAUGCUCCCGCCUACCAGUCUGUCGCAGAGGGCCUGUGCCACGGCUUGCCACCACUGAGCAACUGUCUCAGGAAGAGCAUCUUCUCUUCACAGCUCAGCCUGCCCCAGCCGCUGGAUCCUUGGAGCCUCGAAGCGUUUGUGCUGUUCCCGUGGAGGGCGUUUCUGGAAGAUGGUGGACCGUUUCCAGUUACAAGCAGCCUCCCGAACACCUUGGAGUAUGACAUGCAGAUGUGUCUCUGCGGGCUGAGUGACCGUGACCGCAAAGUGGCCCAUGGAGAGCUGGUGGGUGUGCAGAUGCUAAUGGAAGACGUACUUCUGAGCAGCCGUCACGUGAGCAGGAAGGGCCCCCCCACAUGGCAAGCAGAACCGGAGACUACACAGCCAGAUUGGCCCAAACUGCCAGAACUCUGCCGGAAUCAGUUGGAAAGUCACCCGACGGCCUCCACACUGCUGGAUGGCCCGGGUGAUAUGGUGGCAUCUCUUGCCCUGCUAAAGUCCUUCCUUAUCCUGUGGAAGCAGCUGGAAGUGCUAAAGGAACACUGGGGCCGACUCAAGCUUCGAGGCCAGGACGUCGACUCUGGGCCCCUCCACAAGCAGUUCUCAGAGCUCUAUGAAGCUGACAUUUUCUACCCCAGCAUGAAAGCUUUGGCCAGGCAGAUGGGUAAAGAAGAUGAAUUUGAAGGACUUAUAGUAAGAAGCCAGUCUAUUCUUCCCCCAAAAGGAGCCUCAGAAAUUGAAAUAAAAACUCAGCAGCUUCAGAAACUUCUGGAAAGUUUAGAAAUUCAUAUGAUCCAAGAAGUACUGAGAAAAGUUCAUCAAGAGAUGACACUGUUUCUAUCAGAAAAGUCCAAGGAGGAGUCUACCCUCCCAACAGAUCUUUGGAAACACCAAGUCAUGAAAGAAAACUUCUCAGUUGGGAGGCCCCAGAUAGUUGAGAGAUUUGUACAGAGAUUAAUGGACAAUUCCCAAAGUAAUGGACCUGAGAUCACUUUCAGGAGGGAGCACCUUGAAGCCUGCCUCCUCUCCUUGGGUUGCGAUGUGAUGGCAAGAGAACGCAGCAACUUCGAGACCUACUCCAUGUGUUACGAGCAUGUGCUGCAACACGCCAGGGAGAAGCUCAGCCAGAAGGAGCAGGAAGCAGACUUGCUUCGAGAAAGUCAAGUUCCUCCUGAAGACUGUGUUGGCCAGGUUGCAGAUCUCAGUCACGACAUGAUCAUGGAAAUCACUGCUCUGAGAGCGAAGCUCACCGACCUGGAAGAGGAGAAUCUGGAUCUGAAGAACCAGAUUAGGAAAGAAGUCCAGGAAGAAUACAGAGCGUUGGUGCAGGCUUUGUUUAUGAGCUGUUCACACAUAAAGGAGCAGCUGGACAAAAACCAGUUUGAUUUGAUCCAGAAAGUGCGUGAGCUCAUCGGGGAAGUGAGAGCUGAAGGGAUUGCCAGCGUGAAGCAGCUAAAGAAAACCUGGGGCUCUGCCAGACCUGGGGAAGGAACGAAAGAGAACACAGCCAAAGAGCAGCUGCAUGCCUUGGAGCCGGACAGCAGCAGCACCCUGACUGCUCUAGUGUGCAAAGCUCGGAGCCUGGGCCGCUGGCGUCUGGCUGUGCAGCAGGCACACUUCAGCCGUCAGUUGAGCAGAGCAGAGAAGGAAUCUAUUCACAGGAAAAAGGAGUGCUUGAGAAUCAAGCUAAUGGCAGAGCAAGAAGUGGCUUUACUUCAGCAGCAGCUGCUGGCUGCCAGGCAGGCCCUGACCAAAGCUCAGACUGACAACAGGAAGCUGUGGAGGCAGCAGAAUACCCAGGCUCAACUGCUGAGGGAGCUGGAACAUAGAGUGACUCAAGACUCUGUCACUCGGCAGCAACUGGAUAUCAUCAAAACAUCCGGCAUGGAGAAGCUCCUAGAAGACGUACAGCAAAAAGAACAACAACUGCAGCUCCUGACAGAAGAGGCCAAGCAGACUUCCAAACUAGGCCAGCUGCAGCAGAAGAAGUUGGACAGAGACCUGAGGCAGAUGAGAAGCCGGCUCGCGCAGGAGCGCAGUGUGAAGCUGGAGGCCUUCCAACGAGUGCAGGAGCUAGAGAGUCAGCUUCAGGACACCGAGCAGCCAUCUGUCCAGAUGGGCUCUCCAGGCGGUCUUAUAUCCCAAACCCACUGCUGCCUAAAUUCUGCUUCAACAUUAUCCAGAUACUCUCACCAACAGUUUUUAAAGACUAAUCUUCUGGGCAGUAAAAUGACAAGGAUUCAAAGACCCAAGACUGUACCAAUUAAACACAACAAAAGGACCAAAGGUGGCUCUCUACCUAGUGUGGCAGAAAGUGUUCAACUGAUGACAUUUCAAGCCCAAACAGCUCCAUCCAGAAUUUCAUUCAGACCUGAAAGGUAA